AUGAGUAAAUCAAAUGCAAAUAUACCCUUGAUCCCCUCAACAUCUUCGCGAAUGCUUCCAGAUUUCAAACAAUCUGUGAAAUUGAACCCAGAUCUCCACAUUUUCGCUCCAAGACCUCUACGUUCUUUGGGAUCAUCUCACAUUCAACCUCAUAUCGGUGAUUGUGUGCUCGGCGCUCUUGGAAAUGCACUAGGCAGAUUUUUAUGGAGAGGUCAAGGUUGGCAGAUUGUUUUACUGAGGAAAGUCUUGAGUUUCAAAGGAAAAUUCUUGAGAAAUCGGGACUUGGUGAGAAAAGAGGCAGAAGCUGUAAUGUUUGGUGCCAUUGAUGAGCUUCUUGCAAAAACUUCUCUGAAGCCAAAGGACAUUGGGAUUUUGAUUGUGAAUUGCAGCCUGUUUAAUCCUACUCCUUCUUUAUCUGCUAUGGUUAUUAACUUUUACAAAUUGAGGGGAAACAUAAUUAGUUACAAUUUAGGUGGAAUGGGUUGUAGUGUUGGUUUGAUCUCAAUUGAUCUUGCUAAAAAUCUUUUACAGCCGCCUCCACCAAGCCUCUUGUUAAAUACUGGCCCGAUCUUGCAAAAUUUGUCCUACUUUUCUACAUUUUCUGCACUUAAUUACAAAGAGAGAGAGACAUGGGUAGCUCUGGAUUUUCAUGGAAAUUGA